CUGCACCGAGCGCAUCUCCGGAGCGGUACAGGAGAAUGCAGGUCCACAGGGACACGCGCGCGGGGCUCCUGCUGCCAUGGCGCUGGGUAGCUCUCUGCCUGAUGAGUCUGCUGCAUCUAAAUAACUUGACUUCUGCUACCACGGAGACUUCUACACAAGGAAUAUCCCCAUCAGUUCCUACCAAUGAGUCUGUUGAGGAAAAUAUCACAUCUAGCAUCCCUGGAAGUACCAGCCACUACUUGAUCUAUCAGGACAGCAGUAAGACCACACCAGCCAUCUCAGAGACUAUGGUCAACUUUACAGUUACCUCUGGGAUCCCUUCAGGCUCUGGAACUCCACACACUUUUUCACAACCACAGACUUCCCCAACUGGCAUACUGCCUACUACUUCAGACAGUAUUUCCACUUCAGAGAUGACCUGGAAGUCCAGCCUGCCAUCUAUAAAUGUUUCUGAUUAUUCGCCUAAUAAUAGCAGCUUUGAGAUGACAUCACCCACCGAGCCAUAUGCUUACACAUCAUCUUCUGCUCCGAGUGCCAUUAAGGGAGAAAUCAAAUGCUCUGGAAUCCGAGAAGUGAGGUUGGCCCAGGGUAUCUGCCUGGAACUAAGUGAAGCAUCUAGUUGUGAGGAGUUUAAGAAGGAAAAGGGAGAAGAUCUAAUUCAAAUACUGUGUGAAAAGGAGGAGGCUGAGGCUGAUGCUGGUGCUAGUGUCUGCUCCCUGCUUCUAGCCCAGUCUGAGGUUAGGCCUGAGUGUUUGCUGAUGGUCUUGGCCAAUAGCACAGAACUUCCCAGCAAACUCCAGCUUAUGGAAAAGCACCAAUCUGACUUGAGAAAGCUGGGGAUCCAAAGCUUCAAUAAACAAGAUAUCGGGAGCCACCAGAGCUAUUCCCGAAAGACUCUUAUUGCAUUGGUCACCUCUGGAGUUCUGCUGGCCAUCUUGGGCACCACUGGUUAUUUCCUGAUGAACCGUCGCAGUUGGAGCCCUACAGGAGAAAGGCUGGAGCUGGAACCUUGAUGGCUGUUGGGAAGAAAAGAGGCUGCACAUGUAGCUGUACCUGCUCUGCCCCCCCCCCACUCCUACUUCCUUUGUGCUCUCCUCACAGUACCUCACAACCCUGCUUACCAGAUAAUGCUACUUUAUUUCUAUACUGUCCAGGGUGAAGACCCUUAUUACACGGAGAAUGGUGGAGGCCAGGGCUAUAGCUCAGGACCUGGGGCCUCCCCUGAGACUCAGGGAAAGGCCAAUGUGACCCGAGGGGCUCAGGAGAACGGGACCGGCCAGGCCACUUCCAGAAACGGCCAUUCAGCAAGACAACAUGUGGUGGCUGACACAGAACUGUGAUUUGGUUGGGUGGGCAACUGGGUGGUAUGCAGGAAAGUGGCAUCUCUUGUCUCUGACUUCAUGCUGCCUUCAGCUCAUGUCCGGCCUUCUCCUAUUACAUACACUUCUGAAACUGUUCCUGGGACUCUUCACCUUGGGGAAGGCAGAUAAACUGCCUUCUGCACAUUCAACUUCCUGAAUCCAAUCUCUGACCUUUGGGUCAAGUUGUGGUGGGAAGAAGCCUAGGUCUAGAGGAGCUGCCAAAAAAGUUGGUGGCUAUGUAGCACUUGCCCUGGACCCAUUUCUCCUCUCUCGCCUCUUCACGGGAACUCUCCGGAAGACUAGCUUUUCUAAGCUACCACUUCUUCCCAGGAAACUUUGCUAUUUUUACUGCUUCUUCCCCUACUUUAUGGAAACCAAGGUAUUCACUGACAUGUGCUCCCUUGCAAGGGUACAGCCAGAAAAGUGCUAUUUUAAAAUACAUCCUUAAAAAAUGCAUCCCUUAUAACUUCAAGACACUGUGGAUUUAGUCACCAACUUCUAUCUUGUUCACCUGUUCCUGAAUGUCUGUCUACAGAGGCCAGGACAACUUUCUGUCUGGAGUCUGCUCAAUGUUUUAGAGCAACAGCUCAAUCUGAUCCCUUGGGCCCACACAGAAAUCUCAUUGGUUCAACCUAGACAGGACAGUGGAAUUAGACUUUGAACUGAGCCUCUGUUUUUUGUUUUAUUUUAUUGCUGGGGUUUGAACCCAGAGCUUCACACAGCUUCUUUAGGCUUCCAAGUAGCUUGAGCUACCAGGCCCAGCUGAGCUAAACCUCCUGACCUGAGCUCUUCAAAGGAAUACUCUUGCUCUGAGGCCCUUGGCCUUCUCUAAAUUACGUGACUUCCCCCUUCCUCUGACUCCUGGGGGAGCUGUGGCCUCAGUCCCCUGGCAGAUUCCUUUCAGUCUGUGCCUUUCCUAGUCCAAACCCCUUCACUAUUUUAUAACCCUUUGUGAUCAGAGGUUCAGAAUAUCUACAAAGACUAUAAGCUUCCUCUCCUGGGGUUAAGGGGAGAACAGGGGUCCUGAUUUUAAUGAUGGCUAGGAACAAAACUUUCCAGAGAUGAGAGGAUUGGGUGUAUUCUCUUCUGAAUAAACGUGAUGAGUGAAAAUGAUGUAAUUAAAUUGAUGAUGAAAUA